AUGGCGAUUGGGGGCCAAGGUAGCGACCCAACCCUUCACCUACCUCGCAUAUUAUGCCUCCACGGUGGCGGAACAAACGCUCGCAUCUUUCGAAUGCAAUGUCGCGCCUUCAAGUAUCACCUCGGCCGCGAGUUUAGAUUUAUAUUCGCUCAAGCUCCUUUUCCUUCAAAGCCCGGUCCCGACGUAACUUCCGUCUACAGCAACUACGGGCCGUUCCGCGCCUGGAUCCGACCAGUCGAAGAGGGCGAGGAUCUGGACUUGUGUGCCACUGAGGCCUCAAAGCUGAUCCAGAGCUCUAUCAACACCGCAAUCGACGCUGACAGCCAUCUCGGAGCCACUGGCGAGGUUGUUGGGAUUCUGGGCUUUAGCCAAGGCGCCAGGAUUGCAGCUAGCCUCCUUUACAAUCAACAGUUGCGUUGUCAACAACUUGGCAAUGACUCUGAGAAGAAGGCUGAAAGCACAAUGGGCUGGCCCAACUUUCGCUUUGCCGUGCUGCUGGCAGGUCGUGGCAGGUUGAUUUGGCUUACGCCCGACGCUCCAAUGCCCGAAGGGCUAGUCCCUCCACUGCAGCCAGCUGGUAUGCCACCUCUGAUGCUCGAUGACGCUGUGAGCUGGGACGGCUUGCAUAUACAAAAUAAGUUGCAGCUCCCAACCGUUCAUGUACAUGGCGUCAAAGACAUCGGGCUCGAAUUCCAUCGGCAGUUGGCUAAGUGCUACUGCGUGCCUGACUCAUCUACUGUUAUUGAAUGGGAAGGGGAGCACCGCGUUCCCAUCAAGACUAAAGACGUUUUCCCAGUGGCGAGUCAGAUGCUGCGUCUUGCACGAUAA